AUGAGGACAGAGCAUUGGUUCGCUCCUGCGGCCAGCGGCCUGGACGCUGAAACAAGAGAUGAGGACAUCACCUCCUGGCUGGCCCGAUGGUUCCCCAAAACCCCAGCCAAGUCCGUGGUGGCCCUAAAAACACCCAUCAAGGUGGAGCUGGUGGCUGGGAAAACCUACAAGCGGUGUGUGUGUGGCCGCAGCAAAAAGCAGCCCUUCUGUGAUGGCUCGCACUUCUUCAGACGCGCUAGCCUAUCCCCGCUGAAGUUCAAGGCCCAGGAGACCUGCAUGGUGGUGCGCUGUACCUGCAAGACAACCCAGAAACCCCCAUACUGCGAUGGUACCCACAAGAGUGAACAGGUGCAGAAGGCAGAACUGGGCUCUCCACUCUGA